AUGGCAUCAACGUCACGGAUCUUCGAGUACUUCGUGGUAUGCGGGCUGGGGCCGGAGAUCCGGGCGCUUGAUGGCCUCAAGGGCUUCCAUGGCGCCGAAGAAAUGUACAUGCCUGCCUUCAUCGACCAGUUCCCGCACUCGGGCCACGCGCUCUACCCUCCCCCGCCCCCGCAGCUCCCCACCUGUGUUUUGCCAGCGGGUGUAAGAAUAUACUCUUCUGGGUUGGACGCCAAUGACGUCUCCACCUAUCCAAGGAGCUAUCCCAUAGUUUUGACAGAGGGAGAUGGUUCAAAAAUUUAUGUCAGUUGUAUUGCAUUUCGGGAUCCAAUUUGUGAAGAUAUUAUUGAAGCCUACCAAAUUCCGGUGAAUUCUUUUGCUGAUAAAUGCAUCUGCUUUGUGUCCCAUUCUCCUUGUUUCCAAGUCCUCCGUGAUGCUCUAGAGGAAAUAUUUGUCCUUUGUUUUUCUCCUGCCGGUUGUAGCAAGCCUUUGUGGGAUAUAAUAUCCCAUGUGGUGUCAAAUGUUCCAUUACCAACACCGGGAAAGGAUCGUGUCUUGUUUGCCAUUGAUAAUUGCCUUCUUUCCGCGGAAACUCCUCCAAAAGAAUGGCUUCCUCACGCUGAUAUAUCCUUCCAGCCAUUGGUGCAGUGUCUGGAUGUUGAUAAACUAAUACAGCUCUUUACUGCCGUUCUGCUUGAAAGAAGGAUAUUGCUAAGAUCUAACAAGUAUACAUUAUUAACUCUAGUUUCAGAAGCCAUAUGCCAUUUGAUAUACCCGAUUAGGUGGCAGCAUGUCUACAUUCCAAUAAUAUUCUCUAGUGGUGUUGACUACAUUGAUGCUCCGACUCCCUACAUGAUGGGACUUCAUUCAGGUGUUGACACAUCUACAGUGACAAUGGAUGGUGUAGUGGUGGUUGAUCUCGAAUACAAUCGGAUAACAACCACUGAAGACAUUCCUCCUAUACCCGAAAGCGAACAUAGUUUCUUGCGUGGUGAGAUAUUGAAACUACUACAGCCCAAUGUUGUGGCCAUUGAUUACAUGAAAAUCAAUCUUGGCAGUAUGGGUGACUAUUCUUUAAGGACCGCGGCAAAAUCAUGGGGGCAAGAUCAUGAUUUUCAGCUCAGGCUGAUAUUCUUGAGAUUCUUUGCACAGAUUAUGAGUGGUUACCGUAACUUCAUUGAUAAUGCUUUACCAACCGGUUUCAAUGCUCAAGCAUUCCUUAAAAAACGGUCUCGAGCAACUAAUCAGCCUGUCGAGUCCAUGUCGAUGAUUAUGCAGUUUAUAGAGACUCAGGGAUUCUUGGAUUAUCUGGAAAGAUGCAACAACGCAGAAGAAUUCAGCAAUAACCUUCUUGAUAAGCUGCAGGAUGCAACUGGGAGAGGACAAAGCCCUCUGGCCAUCUUUCCUUCUCAUGUUGCUGAUCCUGAGAUCAUAACAAUAGCUGAUUCUGAGAUCGAAGGUUCAGAACCAGGCAAUAGGCACUGUUAUAAAAGCUUUCCAGCAAAUGCAAGAACAGAAGAACAAGAAGAAAAGCGUAAAUCAAUUCUAGCAUUAGUUGGUGGGGCUAGUAAGCAAGUACCAAGCUCUCCUGCUGUCCGAAUCAGUGGGGGUCCAAAGGCAGAAAGUCUGAGUCCCAGAGAGAGGGCGGUAAGUCAUGCAUACUGCUAUGCUGAGAGAGAAAGGAUGGUUCUGGAUAUAAAAGUAAAGCUCCAGGGACUAUGGCUUCGUCUUCUGAGACUUGGGGCAACUGAGGAUCCCCUUUCAUCAUUCGAAUAUGGAACCAUUCUUGCCUUGAUUGAGUCUGAUGCAGAAGGCAUCGGAGGGAGUGGCUUUGUUGAAUGCAUCAGAGAGCACAUUCAUUCUGGUUGGCAAUGCCGCUUGACUGAUGAGCAGUUUAUUGCUGUAAAAGAACUGCUUAAAACGGCUAUAACUCUUGCUAGCUCUCGCGAUGAUGUGUCAACCAUUAGAGAUGCUCUUGAAGUUUCUGCUGAAAUGUACAGGAAGGACCCAAACAAUGUUCAAGACUAUGUCCAGCGUCAUCUGUUAUCCCUAUCAGUCUGGGAGGAGCUUCACUUCUGGGAUGGCUACUUUGAAUAUUUGAUGGAAAACUGUUCGAACAAGUCAACAAAUUAUGUAACAUUAGUUACUGCACAGCUCAUUGUCAUGGCAACUCACAUGGCUGGAUUGGGACUACCUGAUAUCGAUUCUUGGAAUAUGAUCGAGAAAAUAGCAGAGAGAAACAACUUAGGUUAUAAGCAGCUUAUCAAACUUAGAGCAUUGCUCACACAUCUGCAACAACUUCGUGUUGGCUAUUGGGGGGUCCCUAUAGGAAAAGGCCAACCACCGCCAUCAUAUAGCAUGGCUUCCCCUCGUGCGCUUGAUAUAUCUGAUGAAAGCGAACAACCUGCUGAGGCAUCCGUGUUAGGCCGAAGUUGGGUGCACAGUAUGUUCAGUAGGGACAGAAGCUUAAGAGCUAGCUCCUUCAAUCGAGCCAGUGAUACAAAGGCUGGUGCUACUGCGGGCAAAACAGACCUAGCUGCUGCGCAGAAGAAAACUCAAACAAAUAUGAGGAUCCUUAGAGGACACACAGCUGCCAUUACUGCGCUUCAUUGUGUCACAAGAAAAGAGGUGUGGGACCUUGUUGGUGAUCGUGAAGAUGCUGGAUUUUUCAUCAGUGGAAGCACGGAUUGCACGGUAAAAGUUUGGGAUCCAAGUUUGCGUGGUUCCGAACUUCGAGCAACACUUAGAGGGCAUACCAGGACAGUUCGGGCUAUUAGUUCAGAUCGUGGCAAAAUAGUUUCUGGAGGUGAUGAUCAAUCUGUCAUAGUCUGGGAUAAGCAAGCUUUUAAGCUUCUGGAAGAACUGAAGGGCCAUGAUGCACCGGUCACUUCUGUGCGGAUGCUCUCAGGAGAACGUGUUCUUACUGCAUCUCAUGAUGGCACGGUGAAGAUGUGGGAUGUCCGGACUGAUACUUGUGUUGCUACUGUGGGUCGUUGUCAAAGUGCAGUUCUCUGUAUGGAAUACGAUGACUCGACUGGAAUUCUGGCAGCUGCUGGGAGAGAUGUGGUGGCGCAUGUCUGGGAUAUUCGUUCAAGUAAGCAGAUGUUCAAGCUUCAAGGGCAUACAAAGUGGGUAAGAUCAAUGAGGAUGACUGGGGAAACGAUAAUAACUGGGAGUGAUGAUUGGACAGCUAGGGUGUGGUCUCUUACACGGGGAACAUGUGAUGCUGUAUUAGCAUGCCAUGCUGGUCCCAUACUUUGUGUUGAAUACUCACCUUCGGAUAAAGGAAUUAUCACUGGUUCCUCUGACGGGCUUAUACGUUUUUGGGAAAACGAAGGAGGCAUAAAAUGUGUUAAGAAUCUGACGCUUCACUCGGCAUCGGUUCUGUCCAUUAGUGCUGGUGAUCACUGGCUUGGAAUUGGUGCUGCUGAUAAUUCUAUGUCUCUUUUCCAUCGACCACAAGAACGAUUCGGAAGUUUCUCAAAUACAGGAUCAAAAGUUGCAGGAUGGCAGCUUUAUAGAACUCCCCAGAAAACGUCUGCAGUGGUGAGAUGUAUAGCAUCGGACCUGGAUAGGAAAAGAAUAUGCAGUGGUGGCCGGAAUGGACUUCUUAGGCUGUGGGAUGCUACCACAAGUAUCUAA